AUGCAAAACCUUCCAUUAUCAGAGCGAUUAAUCUACUGCACGAUUUUGAAAGCUGGAAAGAUUCACAAUUUCCUUUUAGAAACCAUUAGCAAGCUUUGCCGCCUUUUGUUCCUGCUUCUGUGCGUGCUUGUGUUCAUAGAAGCAGCUAAGAAGCCGAACAAGAAGCCAAGAGGCAAGAAGGCAGGAGGCAAGAAGCCAGCACGCAAGAAGCCAGCUCGCACAACAACGAGUGCUCCCGAGACCGAUGCUGACGAAGACGGAAUCUAUCUGAAGCCACCAAACAAGAGAAACAAACCCAAGAGAAAACCUUAGUGCUCCAUCAAAAUAUCGAGCAAGGAGCACAACAAAUUUCAGCAAAUGUUUGCCCUUUUUUAUUACACUGAAUUACACUGUAUACCAUAUCUGUUCUAAACAUAAAA